AAGCCUUGGCCUUACAGCGAAAGAGCGAGCGAGAGACCCAAACAACCAAAAUAAGUUACGUGAAAUUAUAAAUAAAAAAUAAGGAAAUAGGCGUUCGGCGGCCGACUAGCCAGAUACAACAAAGCAACCUCCACAAACUGACAACACAUUUCAGUUUUCGCUCGUGCCAUGUGAGCAACUCCGAACUCAAAUCGGAUCGGAAAUCAGUGUGCGGGUGGUGUGCUAAUUAGCGGAAGACGGCAAUUUAUUGAACGCGAAAAAACGCCACAAUCCAACUUCCAUUUCGACACGACACACCACAACCCCAAAUUAGUCGCCGUCGGACCCCCGUGCAUCAAAUGAAUGUGCGAAAAGUGCAAUAAAUCAAUGUUUUGGGAGCGCCGGAAGAGGCAAAGAGACGGAAGCAGCGCCCGCAACAACAGCAAAGAGAGCAAGACUUAACGGGACACCCGAAUCUUUAGGCACUACGAGAUUUUCUAGUUCUAGUUCAGCGCUCGAAAUGGACGAGGUCUUCAGCCUGCACAUGGAAAAGCUGGACGUCUACGACGUCCUCCUCCUGGCCGGCAUCCUCUCCGUGAUAAUUCUGAUCUGUAUUUAGUUUAAAUUCGACUCGAAACUAACGAAAAUGCUGCGGGAAACGCAGCGACGUAGAUGUUGUUUUGUUGUGAAAUUACACGAAAAACGAACAGCUGUUCCCUUGCCCGCGCAGUGUUGGAAAGCGCGCUGCGUACACUGCGCAGCAAACAACCAGUUCUCGGUAUUAUUAAGUAGUUUGGAAACUACAUUCAAAUUCAGUCGAGAAUAGCCUUGCAAUGUUAAUCAAAAAAAAAAAAACUGUCAGCAACAAGACACUUAUUUUUCGGUUUGCUCAGACUUUGUUUUAUUAUUUAUCAACUGUUUAUACAAUUUAUUUGUAAAGACUGAUUUCUUGUACGUAGAUGUAGUCUAAUGCAAUAAAAUUAAAUGGAAUGUAAUACGUA